CUCGAGCAUCCCCUACUCUGUACCAUAGCGAUCUACAACCUGUCAAAUAAAGUAGAGGAGAAUAUUCUUUGCGUACAACUCUCCAUCGCCGCAUAUACCGGUACAUCCAGAAACACAGCCCCUCCUUCAACUGAGACCCUUCACAUACGGACCGAGAAACCUACGCGGACGGCUCCAUGUCUUCUGCCACCACAAAUCGGCCAUCAGGCGCCAUGACGAGUGCAGCACGGUCGACUCGAUUCCCAGAGUUUGGUGCUGCUACUGGCAGACAUAACAGCGACUCUUCACAAUCCUCCACACUUGGCCAAACGUUCGGCAAUGGUGGUUCAUGGCAGCCAUCAAGUAAUAUAUGGAGUAGCAGUACGAUUGGCAGCGGAUUUUCUAAUUCAAAGAGAGAUGCAUCGCGGUCUCGGGUAGCAGGCAACGACGAUUUCCCUGAUGGGCCCAGCGGUUCACGAGCGCUGGCAGAGUCUGGUUCAGAAGCAGAUCCAUGGGUUGCACGCGCAAAUGGUCCAUGGAAUCCUCCCGAUACCACAUCCCCUACAUUACAGUCUCACAGUGGAAGCACCUCUCCAUCACAUACACGAAACAGCAUCCCCAACGUCACACCGCAGACGCUCUUAGAGAUACAAAAUCACCCUUACCAACAACCGCGUCCAGCGAUCGGCCCUGCCAGUAGUUAUGGGAGGACAAAGAGCGGUUUAGACCCUUCCUCAGGCAGUUUCAAAUUCUCUCGGAAGCCUUCAUUUGCAUACAACGAUGACAAGGAGAACUCUGCUCAAUACAUGUCUAAUGCAGAUAACUAUGACAUCGACAUUCCCUCUAGAUAUCUCGGAAUUAGCGGUACCUCCAGGGAUGGAAGUAUGCCACCAUCGAGAGCAUCUGAAUCAGGUUUCAAUGGUGGAAACAUGGCAUUCACGAACGGUCAGCCAUUUGGAUCUAUUGGGAAUCACACUCCAAACAGCUCUAUCCAUUCCCAAAGACCUUCAUUCUCAGGACCAUCCACCUCGUUUCAAUCACAGACCAACGGCUCAAGGUAUGAAAUGUCUCAAAACGAAACCGAUUUGAGCGAGAGGUUUGCGGGGAUUGGUCUCGGCCGCGAAACGGAAAAUACCAGCUCGCCUCAGGUAAACAACAAUUCCGGCUCAUCGUACUCUCCGAAUCAUCCAGGUUUUGCCCAGCAGAACUAUCCGUUCACUAGCAGCUCGGGAAUGUGGGGUGAUGGGCAAAAGGCGUUCAACAACUUCGAGACCUAUUCGAGCCAGCCUUUUGCCGAACAAGCCUAUUUCAACAAGCCAACCCGUUUCACAGAAAGGGGCUCGGUCUCACCAGGAGGUAGCGAAUAUCGUCGAGGUCUUAAUAGUCCGAAGUACUACUCUGCUGCCGGAACACCACCAUCUGGGUCAGACCAGAUCUAUCGACCAAGUUCGAGAGGACCAAGAGCUCCUCAAGGACAGAACGAGCUGGACCGGAGACUGCAAAACAUCCAUUUCGCGCAGCAACAAGCUCAGGCUUAUAUGUAUGCAAGUCCUUUCCAAGGACAAUACCCCUCGCAUCCUUAUGACUAUCCUCCACCCGGAACUUUCAGACCAGGAACCGUCCCCUAUGGCUAUCCCAUGCCCAUGACUUCGUAUCCCCCUGCUCAAACAAUCCCAACUCGACCGGCCAAGGACCAAGAUGUUGGCGUUGGAGUGAGGAGCGUCUUGCUGGAAGAGUUUCGCUCAAAUUCAAAAUCCAACAAGCGUUAUGAGCUCAAAGAUAUAUAUAAUCAUGUAGUUGAGUUCAGCGGAGAUCAGCAUGGUUCGCGAUUCAUCCAGCAAAAGCUUGAGACUGCCAACAGCGAUGAGAAAGAGCAAUUGUUCCGCGAGAUCCAGCCAAAUGCUCUUCAGCUAAUGACUGAUGUCUUUGGCAAUUAUGUCAUUCAGAAACUAUUCGAGCAUGGCAAUCAGGUCCAGAAGCGAGUACUAGCUGAGCAGAUGAAGAAUCAUGUGAUGGAAUUGUCCAUGCAAAUGUAUGGAUGCCGUGUGGUGCAAAAGGCCUUGGAACAUGUCUUAGCUGAUCAGCAAGCGGAACUCGUCGAAGAGCUCCAAGCCGACGUGCUUAAGUGUGUCAAGGACCAGAAUGGGAAUCAUGUGGUGCAGAAGGCUAUCGAGCGCGUUCCAACUGAGCACAUCCAAUUCGUCAUCGAAGCUUUCAGAGGUCAAGUUCACGUUCUGGCAACUCAUCCAUAUGGAUGCAGAGUCAUUCAACGAAUCUUAGAGUACUGCAAACCCCACGACCAAGCCGCCGUUCUCGAAGAGCUUCACCAAUGCGCAUCCAUGCUCAUCACUGAUCAAUAUGGCAACUACGUUACCCAGCACGUCAUCCAACAUGGAAAGCCAGAAGACCGAGCCAAGAUCAUCAAAAUCAUCACGGGCCAGCUCUUGACACUUUCAAAGCAUAAAUUUGCGUCAAAUGUGGUUGAGAAAAGCAUUCAAUUCGGCACCGACGAGCAGAGACGUGCUAUUGUGGCGCAGUUGACAGCUCUACACAGUGACAGCACGAGUCCUCUGCAACUGAUGAUGAAAGAUCAGUAUGGCAAUUAUGUCAUCCAAAAACUUCUCGGCCAACUCAAGGGAUCAGAGCGAGAUGCAUUUGUCGAGGAGAUGAAACCCCAACUUCUAAUGCUCAAGAAGUAUAAUUACGGCAAGCAGAUCGCAGCUAUCGAAAAGCUGAUCUUCAACGGCACUCCUGCAUAUAAUAUUACUCCUUCAUCCGUCAUGCCAAGCAACCACACGAUGCCGAUCGAGAUCAGUUCCAGUGCACCAACCCCGAUGCUUACCAAUGGCCAGAACAGUCCUCAGAGCAGCAGCCUUCCCAGCACAAAUGUGAGCACCAUAGACGACGCACCAGAUAACAGCAAACCCCUCGAAAUCGACGGCAAGCCCUGCCCCGAAGUCGUCAUCAACGGCAUUUAGACACCUUCUCCACAUCCAGCAACAAUCUCCUUACACGCACAAAGAAUCAAAACAUUAUCAUCAUUAUCAUUGGCAGGCGCGUCGGCUCGGUCGGUCUUUUUCGGGUUUUGGCUAGGGAUGCACAACAGGAAACGGGCUCUCAAAAGUGAAGAUUUAUUUAACCCUAAUGGCCAGCUUCUUGUUUCUCUUCUGGUCUGUCUGCGAAGCACAACUAUUCUCUCUAUUUACAUUUUU